AUGGCUGAGGUCGGCUUAAAGUGGCUUGUCCCAGAGAGCGUGCAGUUCCCAAUGGCCGAGUGGAGAAUACAAAGUGCCCAUGACUUCCCUGUGUGCUGCGAUGAGCGGGGAAGGCUGUUUACCACUGGGAUCCUCUGUGACCCGUCUUUCUUCUUUGCCUCCUUCCCAGGGACUCAUUCUCUGAGAUAUUUCCGCCUGGGCGUGUCAGAUCCUGGCCAGGGGCUACCUGAGUUUAUUUCUGUUGGCUAUGUGGACUCUCACCCUAUCACCACGUAUGACAGCGUCACUCGGCAGAAGGAGCCAAAGGCCUGGAUGGCGGAGAAGCUGGCGCCUGAUCACUGGGACAGGUACACGCAGCUGCUGAGGGGCUGGCAGCACGCGUCCCUGAUGGAACUGAGGAACCUGCAGAGGCGCUACAACCACUCAGGGCCUCACACCUACCAGAGGAUGAUCGGCUGCGAGAUGCUGGAGGACGGAAGCACCACGGGAUUCCUCCAGUACGCGUAUGACGGGCAGGAUUUCCUAGUCUUCAACAAGGACACCCUCUCCUGGAUAGCCGUGGAUAACGUGGCCCACGUCACCAAGCAGGCGUGGGAGGCCAAUCGGCAUGAGUUACAGUAUCAGAAGAAUUGGCUGGAAGAAGAAUGCGUUGCCUGGCUAAAGAGAUUCCUGGAGUAUGGCAAUGCCACCCUCCAAAGAACAGGUACAGAGGAGGGAGACGGCUGCCCCGCACCCCCAGAACUGCAGGUUGUGCACACAGCUUCCACUCAUCUAGGUUACAUCCACCCUACCCUGACGUCUGUGUCUUUAGUUGGACUAUUGUGAUCUGUAAGUCCCCGUGAGAACGUUCCCUAGUUACUUUUUAGCAACGUCUUGACAGA